GAAGAAAAGCUCGCAGUUUGCUGAGUAAGGACAAACUGUACGUUACGUGUCUUGGAUCAGCGUCCGCCAGUGUUGCAUACAUCGAAUCCAAUCAGUAUAAGAGAGAGGAAAGUGCCAAGUGAACCAACGAUUUCCGAGCGUGCACAACCCGCAAUGGAUAAAUUAAUCUACGCCGCACUCGUCCUCGCUCACCUGUGUUCACCUGGACUGACCAAGGAGGGCAGUUCGUCGCACGGAAUGCUUCAGAUGUUCAGCUCCGCCAACGCCCCCGCCAAACAGGUGACCGACGGGAGGAUGGCGAUGCCCUUCCGGGAGUGCGGCUACGUCCUGUGCAACGUCUCGGACGCCUUCACCAACGAGACGACGCACCUCUGGGAUUACUACGUGGACUGGGAGCUCCCCGCCGGGGCGCAGGGCAGCGAGAACGUGUUCGUGCUGGCCAACAGGUACCAGAUGCCCCGCUCGUACCUGGUCUUCACGGGCUUCACCGCGGACUUCGCCGGCGACUACAGGUGCGUCCUCAGCUUCCGCCUGGAGCCCGUGUCCUCCGUCAGCCUCAGCCUCAGCAUGUCCGAGGGCGCCACGAAGAGGGACUGCACCAACGUGCUCGCCUGAGGGGGUCGCGGGGGCGCCGAUCGCUCCCAGGGCAGGAGUCGUUCCCAGGGAGGAGGAUUAUAAAAGUAGUGCCUCUCUGUGUCCGCGAGACACUGACGCCGGUGUGACUCACUUACUCACUAUUGUCGACUGUGAUAGAAUGUUUUAUUUAUAUUUCUAUGGUGGAUACAGUGACUGACAUAGUGCAUGCUUACAUAAAAAACGAACAGUAGUGCAUGACCACAAAAGUAUCCUGCCAUAGAAAAUACAAGACAAAAAAAACGAAAAAAAAUCAAAAUUUGCAUCGUUAUAUCUCUAUAUGACGAACAUUGAAGAAUAUAUCAUAAUAUAAAGGAUAAUAAAGAAAUCAAAUAAAGGUAAAAACGAUAUAUUUAUUAAAUGCCCAAUUUUUCGUCACAGAGAGAGAGAGAGGAGAUUAAAGCUUAUGUUAGUGUAUAUGUGUAACUAAAUUGAUAUUUUACAUAUGUUCAUGCAUGCAAAUGCUUUCUGAACAUUGCUGUGUGAAAAUAGACGUGAGGUGUCAUAUGUACUUAUUUAUUGUUUUUUUAAGUGAAUGGAUGGAAGGAAA